UCACCGUCAUUUCUAGCUCCUCUCCCGUUUCGUUUUGAGUUCGCUCUCUCCAUCUCUCUCUCAGGAGAGAGAAAAAAGAAAAGCUCAGGAUAGAAACACUAACCCUCUCUCUUCAAAUCUUCCAUUUCAAAACCCUAGAUCUCUCAGUUUCCUUCCAGUCUCGCUUUUCAAAACCCUAGUUCUUGCUUCUCCUUCAAAUUCUCCCUUCGAUCCGCCGUUUCGCAUCUUCCCUCUACAGAAAUGGCAUUUUUCUGAACUCCGGCUCCGCCGUAUUGAAGCCUCCGUCCUCCAAACCAACUCUGCGUCGAAUCGUCCGUCGGUUCUUCAAGAUCGGAGCUAUGGCAAUCAGAAUGACAGUCACCUUUUCCGGCUACGUGGCUCAGAACCUCGCCGCGUCUGCCGGAAUAAGGUGCGGGAAUUUCAGGCUGUUUCAUGAGUGCAGCGGCGCUGGCCGGUCCCGGGUCCUCUUCUCGAAUCAGAAAUCGGAAGUCGAUCCAACGGUCAGGAACUACCAAGCCGGGUUUUGCAGGUCUAGAUCGGUUUAUUCAUUCGCCGGCAAUCCGUCGGCUGAGAGUUGUAGGUCUUCUCGUAGAUUGUUGUCGAUGAUGAAGUUUUCGGGGAUGGGCUCGGCAUCCACUGGUAUGGGGAUUUUUGGGAUAUCUUCAUCGUCAAUGCUCAAACCGUCUUCCUUCAUUCCAUUUUUCCAAGGGAUGAAGUGGCUUCCUUGUAAUGAGUUCUUCCAGGGAUCUGGAAGGAAUACUGUUGAUAAAGGGGGGACAGGUUCUGGUGAUGUUGUAGCUAAUGAAAGCUCGAGGGUGAAUAUGAAACGGUUGGAACAGAAAGAUUGUGGAAAGAAUUGUUGGCCGCAGUGGUUGAAUUUCAGUUCUGACGAUGCGAAGACUGUUUUUACUGCAGUGACUGUUACAUUGUUGUAUAGGUCUUUUUUGGCUGAGCCAAGGUCGAUUCCUUCACUUUCGAUGUAUCCGACUUUCGAUGUGGGGGACCGCAUUUUAGCAGAGAAGGUUUCUUAUUAUUUUAAAGAUCCUGAUGUCGCAGACAUAGUGAUUUUCAAGGCUCCUCCUGCCCUGCAGGAAAAGGGUUUCAGUUCAGGUGAUGUCUUUAUCAAAAGAGUUGUCGCCAAGGCAGGGGACUAUGUCGAAGUCCGUGAUGGAAAAUUGAUGGUGAAUGGAGUAAUCCAAGAUGAAGAUUUCAUUUUAGAGCCACUUGAAUAUGAAAUGGAUCCUGUGCUUGUGCCUGAAGGCUAUGUAUUUGUGAUGGGGGACAACCGCAACAACAGUUAUGACUCUCAUGAUUGGUAUGUCUGGAGACCACAAACCAAUGAAAAUUGUUUGUUUGAUACAAAGAUGUACAGGGGCCGCUUCCAGUCAAGAACAUUGUUGGCAGAUCCGUGCUUCGGUACUGGCCUCCUCCUAAAAUAUCUGACACCAUUUAUGAGCCUCAGGCAGGGCAGAAUAUGUUGGCGCCUUCAUGACCCAUGGAAGGCGUUUUGCUUAGAUUGCACAUGCGGAACUAUUGAUGUUAGGGAAAUCACUGAGGAUGUCCGAAAGUUUACUGCAUCCCGGGAAAUGCUCUCCUUGUUUGUUCCUUUGGGAGAGCCACUGUACAUAGCUGACCGUUUCCUUCCUUUUCCAUUCGAGUGUUUCAAAUCAUGGAUUUGUUUGGAUGAUAUGCUUUUGUCAUCUCCUUUCUCGUAUUCAAGUUUUGGUACUGGGGAUUCAUGACAUUUUCUGUGACGGCUUAGGCCAGGAAUAAAUUCAUUUCUGAUUGAAGCCUUCGAUUAGAGGGAUGAAUAUUUCUG